UUUGCAUUACACGCCUCUAUCCCCUUCAGAGUGAUGAACAAGAAGGGGUAGUGCCACCACCACAACCACCACCAUCAUGAACCGCGCCGCGUCAAUCAUCGGACUAGAGCUCGACGUCGACCUCGACGCCAUCAACCCCGCCGCCGUCCCCGACCCCGUGCAAACAACAACCACUCCUACCCCCUCCCACCAAGCAUCCGACGAGGAGGCCUCUGCAAACCAGCCCCCCAACGACGCCGACGAGGAUACACAACACCUCGACCUACAGCACCGCAUCUGGCGCCUCAUGCUCGGCGGCGCCCUCUACCUAGCCCCCCUAACCGGCGCCGAAACCGCCGUCCUCGACAUCAGCACCAGCACCAAGACAAGCCCAUGGGCCAUCGACUUCGCACGCGAGAACCCAGAAUGCAACGUCACAAGCACAAGCACAACCUCAAGCCCAAACCCCAACACCCAGCCCACCACCUCCUCCCUUCCCCCAAACAUAACAUCCACCACCCCAACAACCAAACACCACCAAACCCAGGCCAACGCACUCCCCAAACCCACACAGCACCCACCACCACCACCAACCUUCGACUUCACACACACCCACACCCUCCUCUUCACCACCCCAUCCUGGCCCUCCUUCCUCGACCGCGCCUGGACCCACACAAAACCCGGCGGCUGGAUCCAAGCCGCCGAGCCCCUCUACCCAAUCGACUACAUCCCAGGCCACCACACAACCGACGCAUCCGCGCUCCACCGCUGGAGCGCCCUCUGCCAACAAGCCAGCGCAAACAGCGGUAUCGACACACAGGUCGGGCUCGUUCUGCCGGGGCUCAUGAAAGCGCAGGGGUUCGUGGAGAUAGGGAUGCGGGAUGUGAUGGUGCCGGUUGGGGGGUGGGCGUGCGGGGAGAGGGAGAAGGAGGUUGGGUUGCUUGUGCGGGCGGGUAUGGAGGGGUUUGUGGGGCGGUUGGCGAGGGGGUUGUGGGUUGCGGGGUUGGAGGGGUGGGAUGAGGGGCGGGUGGAGGGGGAGAUUGGGGGUGUGAGGGCGGAUUUGGCGGAUGGGAGGAAUACGUAUUAUUGGACUGUUUGUGUUGUCUGGGGGCGGAAGCCGUUUGGGUGAGGGGAGUUGAGUGUGGUGUAGGGGUGCGUGGAUGGAGGAGGUAUAUUUUGAAUGGACCAUCUUCAUUUAACAAAAGCAACUCCAAAGAGCUACUACAUAAACAGCUAUACCAGCACGUAUAACGACCUGCAAGUCAUUCUCACCUCGCUCUAGACAUAGAAUCUGUCU